AAUUAUAAUAAAAAUAAGCAAAGGGUACCGUUGUUAAUCGGACAAGCCACCCUAUAGACGGCGAGUUAUAGUUAUGUUGGUUUUCAGCAUGAUGAUAGUUUAAAGAAAGCUGAAGAAAUCCUGACCAGCUGGAGGAAAGAAUUGGAAUAGAGGAAGAAUUAAAAAACUGACAGAAUGGAAGAAAAAGUUUCUUUAGCCUGUGAUCAAGUUGAAAUAUUAUUUUCUCAUUUGAGAAAUAAGAUAUUUUGUGUUCAUCAUUUAAUAAAAAAAAAUAAUAUACAUAGAAUCAGUUUUUAAGUCAUGUUAUAAAUUAGUUAUAUUUUUAAAAUAAUAAAUGCGUACUACGUCUAGUCCUAUUAUUAUGCGUCAGCUCUGCAGAAUCCCGGUGAUUUCAGAUUAUCACAAUGAAUGAUGAGUUUGAUGAUGAUGAUGACUGGAAGCCUCCAACCGAAGCUGAACUCAAGGUUUUAGCUGCGAAACGCGAGCGGAGCGAUAAAAUAUCCAAGAAGAUGGGCGACUACCUACUCAAGGGAUACCGGAUGCUAGCAACAACCUGCAGACAAUGUUCUACAAUAGAACUUCAGGAUAAACAGGGGCAAAUAUACUGCGUUGCAUGUCAAGAGAUUGAUUGCCACGAGACCAGUAAGGACGAUCCUGUCCUGUCAGAUCAAGCGGCGGAGAAAGUUCUGGCGGAGUCCGCCUUCUCCGGUCUCAGUUCUCAGCCAAGAUCAGAGUCACAGAAUCCUGAUUUGAUUCCCGGAAGCUCAAUGCAUCGGAUGACACCGAUGGAGAGGGAAGAAGAGGAAUCAAAUUUUCGUGGAUUUGGUCAAAAUCGAAAUCAAACAGGAUCCGCUAGCCCCUUUCCCCAUCCUCCCCAGGGUGUAGCUCAGGGUCAACCCAGUUCUAUCCUCGGUAGCCUCGGAGCAGCCUCCAGGAUUCAAGCUUCCGGUGAUAUCCCUCAGCUCCAGUUGAAACCUAUCCCCCUCUCCACCCCUGGAUCCCGGAUACAAGAUACAGAGAGUAGAGAAAUCCUCCAGAACUCCCGGUCAAUUCUCUCCGCCAAGCUGCAGUGGGCGAACCAACUGCUUGAGGCAGAGCAUAGUGUGGUAUCCGCCACUAAUCUCGCCAUUCUAAUCAGGGAAACCGCCUCAGCUCUGCACACAGUCUCCAGUAUUCUGCAAUAAAUCAUAUUUCAUCAAGAAAGGAACCAAACACUUUAGUUUCUAAUCCCUUUAUCUAUAAACCUGAUGGUGAAAACUUUCGAAUUUAAAUGUUGCCUAUUUGAUCCAGCAGAAUUCAUAGUUUGAAAUAUAAAAUAUCGGGUUGCAAAAUUGUUAUAAUUUUGGCGUAAUUGUUCAG